AUGGAUGAAAAGUCGUCUAAGAGCGAUUUCCCUCACUUUGAGCAUGUGCUCCCAGCUAAGACAGAGCUGGAUGAGGCUAUCAACCCUGAUGCACCUCCGAGGCGCCAGGCGAUCGGUAUCAACAUCGUUGAGAAUCCGUUGACGCGCGUCUCUAAGGAGCAGGCUAUUAUCGAUGCCCGGAAUUAUGCCGAGUCGCAUAAUAUGAGCGAAUAUGCCGAUCUGUUUGGGCGGGCUGCUGUGGUUGCGCGGAGCCCCAAAGAGUUCCCAUCGGCUACUGAGAUCGAUGAAGAGGAGCGCACUGCUCUUGCAUACGAGAGGGACCAUAAAUGGCACGGCUCAUUCAUGCUCUGGUACUCAAUUAGUCUAUGUGCUAUCGGUGCUGCCACACAAGGAUGGGAUCAGACUGGAUCCAACGGAGCCAACUUGUCCUUCCCUGAGGAAUUCGGAAUUGCCGGUAAAGGAAAAGAUGAAUGGAUCGUGGGAAUUGUCAACUCCAUCAUCUUCUUGACCGCAGGCCUUAUUGGUGCUUGGAUUGUUGAUCCACUUAACCACUAUUUGGGCCGGAGAGGUGAGAUUUUUGUCACUGCUCUCUGUCUCACUGCCACGCCCAUUGGUUCUGGCUUCGCAAAGUCAUGGCAAGGACUCUUCGCUGCGCGAUUUGUGAUGGGAAUCGGAAUUGGCGCAAAGAACGCUACAGUGCCCAUUUAUUCAGCUGAGAUGGCUCCAGCCAGAAUUCGAGGUGCUCUUGUCAUGUUCUGGCAACUUUGGGUCGUAGCCGGUAUUUUCUUGGGCUUCGCUGCCAACGUUAUUGUCAAGGAUGUGAAAGAUAUCGCCUGGCGUCUUCAGCUCGGCUCCGCAUUCAUUCCAUCCUUCAUCCUUGCCAUUGGCAUCUUCUUCUGUCCCGAGUCUCCUCGCUGGCUUAUGAAGCAUAACAGGCACGCUGAAGCAUUCCAGUCCAUGAAGCGCUUGCGAGCUCAUCCAAUUAUUGCUGCUCGAGACUUCUAUUAUUCAUACGUGAUCUACGAGGAGGAACUCAAGGAGACUCGGGGCGCAGGCUAUUUCUCACGUCUGUGGGACUGUUUCGCCGUCCCGAGGAUCAGACGGGCUAACUACGGUGCCUCGACUGUUAUGAUUGCGCAGCAAAUGUGCGGUAUCAAUAUCAUUUCUUUCUACAGCUCGACCAUCUUCCGGGAUGUCGGUUACACAGAAGACCAGGCCUUGUAUGCGUCUCUUGGCUACGGUGCUAUCCAAGUUGUGGCAACUAUUCCAACUUUGUUCCUGAUCGACACCAAAGGCCGAAGAACCUUGACUUUGAUCACAUUCCCCCUGAUGUGCAUCUUCCUUUUAGCUGGUGGUCUCUCUCUUUUGAACAAGACGGAUAAUCAUGGGGCUAUGAUUGCACCAGUUGCCUUGUUUGUGUAUUUGUUUACUAUUGCCUAUUCCUUGGGCGAAGGGCCAGUCGCUUUCCAAUAUUCAGCUGAGGUAUUCCCGACCAUUCAGCGAGAACAAGGAAUGGCGUGGGCUGUUUGUAUCAACAACACUUUUGCUGGCAUCCUUAGUCUAACAUUCCCUCGGAUGAUGACUGUGAUGACUCAAACUGGCGCUUUCGGCUUCUAUGCUGGUCUUAACCUCCUAGCUUGGUUUAUGAUUUUCUGCUUUGUCAGGGAGACCAAGCAGCUGACUCUAGAAGAAUUGGAUCAGGUAUUCUCGGUGCCAACCAAGAAGUUUAUCCACUAUGAACUUACUGUGUGGCUUCCUUGGUGGAUCAAGCGAUACAUCUUCAGACAGAAUAUUGAACGACCGCCACCAAUCAUUGCACUGGGCGACGGUGUCAGGUAA